UAUGAUUCAGCCAACAAAGGAAAUCAGUUUAUCAUAGAAGAAAAUACGGAUUAGAGCUGAAUUUGUUUCUGAAUUAAAAUCGCCAAGUUUAUUUAAAAUGCAGUCUUACAGUUCCCAAGAGACAUUACCCAUAAGUUUAGAAAAUACAAGAAAAUGGCUUGAAAAUAGUCAUGUACAAAGCGAUAUUGAUACAGAGUCGUUUGUAGAUUCUAUAGAAGAGACCAGCGUUUGCGAAUCAACAACCACCGUAGAUGAGGAUGAAAAUUACAACAAUAUUUCAGAAUUACUUGAAAGUGAUAAUAUAACAAGUCUGAAUAACCUCUUAAGUCAAUUGCCGUCUCCAGUUUUUGGUGAUAUUAGCAUAAAUAAUUCUUCCAAUGUGGUUGUUGGUAAUAUAGUUAAGAUUAAAGGUGAUCUCAUAUUAAAAGUUCACAACAAAAAUGAAAUAUGUGGAGAAUCUAAAUCCAAGGAAAUAGCAAAUAAAAUAGGGGAAACGAAGGAUAAGAAUAUUAUUCUAAAAACUCCGAAAAACCCUGAAACGCCACAACUAAUAACAUCCCGAGACCGCUGGUCAGCUAUUGAGCCCUUAGAAGAAUACCUAAGCUUAGAAGAACCAACCGAAUUUGUAAUAAUUUCUCACACUGCUUCAAAUAGUUCUAAUGAUAAGUUAACAAAUAUUAAUAUCAUUCAAGGCAUACAGGCUUAUCAUAUUGGGAGCCAAGAUUUUGGCGAUAUAGGAUAUAAUUUUCUAAUUGGAUGCGAUGGAAAUAUCUAUGAAGGACGGGGUUGGGGUGUCGUCGGUGCACAUACAUAUGGAUAUAACAGAAAAUCGAUUGGCAUAGCAUUCAUUGGGAAUUUUAUGCUUAAAUUGCCCAGCGAAAAGGCUUUGCAGGCAUGCAAGAAAUUAUUAGAAAUAGGCGUUGACGAGGGACAUUUGUCGAAGGACUUCAAAUUAAUGGGUCACAAACAAUGCAUCUGUUCGGAAAGCCCUGGAAGGCAAUUAUUUGCGGAGAUAAAAAACUGGGAACAUUUUUAUGAUGAAAAUAAACAAAAAGAAAAACAAAGUGUGGAAGAAAUUUCACUAUUCAUAAGAAAAUCGCACAAUACUGUAACCAUGAAUGCCAAUGAUCGUCUGCGAAUUAAUGAGGAGAAAACCAGGAAUUGGCUGAAUUCUCUAAACCUGGAAGAUUUAGACUCAGUUGAUGAUUCGACCGUUGAAUCUAGUGUUAUUGAUUCCAGCGACUCGGAUUCAGAAUCAGGCGAAGAGCAUGCCCUCGGCACACGGAUCCCAGGCCAAAUAAUAGAAUCCGAUGAUAGAGAAUAUAGAGAUAUAACCCAGCUAAGCACAACAUGUCCAGAUCUAAGGCAAUUAAGUGAAAUUGUAAGCAAUAUGCCACAACAAAAUUUUGGCAAUUUCAGUAUUUCAAAUUCGAGUAAUGUUAUAAUGGGACAUGUUAUCAAAAUCAAUGGCAAUAUUAUAAUUAAUAAAGAUGGUAAUGAAAGUGAGUGUACACAUGACACAUCUGAAAAUCUGGAUGAGGAUAAGUCAGAUAUAAAACAAGAAAGAAAGCACGCAACACCAAAGAAACCACCAGUCUAUAGACCUGCUUGUCAAAUAAUUCCAAGAGCACGGUGGCUUGCAAUGGAUCCUAUUAAUGAGUACAGUCCUAUAGAUGUACCAACAGAUUUAGUAAUUAUUUCCCACACUGCCACCAGUGACUCUACAGAACAAGCAAAAAAUAUUGGUAUAAUUCGUGAUAUACAGACUUUUCACAUUGAAACCCGAGGAUGGGACGAUAUUGGUUAUAACUUUUUAAUUGGCUGUGAUGGUAACGUGUAUGAGGGACGGGGAUGGGGUGUGGAGGGAGCGCAUACUUUUAGCUAUAAUAGAUAUUCAAUUGGAAUAUCCUUCGUUGGAACUUUUAUGUAUAAGCUUCCACCACCACGAGCAUUGACUGCGUGCAAGAACUUACUUAAAAGAGGUGUCGAUGAAGGUCAUUUAACGCCAAAUUUCAAACUCAUGGCACAUAGACAAUUUAUGAGCACCGCUAGCCCUGGUGGCAAGUUGUACGAGGAACUAAAGACUUGGGAUCAUUUUUACGAACCCCCCUCAGGUGAAAUUGAUGAGAAUUUUUCUCAGACCCUUAAACGAAAUCAAAGUACCACAGAGGACACAACGAAUUUAAAAUGACAGUUUUUUUUUGAAAGUAAUUUAAGAAUAAUUAAAUUAAUGGAUAUGUA